GCUGCGUAACGUCGAGAGGAAGUGCCUGAUGCCGCGGCCUGUGAUUGGGAGUUGCUGGAGUCGGUGCUUCACUCUUAAGGUUCCGACCACAGACUGCGGAGUGGGUCCGGGGCUGCGAGGGCUGCCCCAAGUCCUAGCGGGUUUCCACGGGCGCGCCCGGCUCCGCCCGCAAGUGCGCCUUCCUGACUUACUGCUGGGUGCGCGGGGCUGGGGGUGCGAGGACCACCCCUGAAGUCUCUUCCUGGGCGACCUCCGGGGCCUCAUUCUAGGCCUCCUUAAAGAGAAGGAUCUAAAUUAGGAAAAGGAAGUACCCUUAUCCACGACCAAGCUCUUCCACCUGCGGAGCUCGCUUAGUCUGCACCUCAACCGUGCGGAAAGUGACUGCCCUGUUUACUGAGGAAAAACUGGGGCUCAGAAAGGUGAAGUCAUUUGCCAUGGGCCAUGCAGCUGGGAAGUGAUAGAUCUGGAUUCAAAGCGAGUUCUGGCUGGCGCCAGAGUCCUUGUAUUUUACAGCACUGGUUCUCAAGCUUUAUGUGCAUUAAGAAUUCCUGGGUUGAGGAAUUCUUAAUUCUGGGACUCUACAAAUUGAGUAGAUCUGGGAUGGGGCUCUGGAAUCUAUUUUCAACAAUUGUUCUCUGGCAAAUAACAUAUGGCUCCCCAGUGAAUGGAGCAAGAAGAUACCAUGGAGUAGUUUGAAACAGGAACAAAAUCUUCUGAAAGCUCGGAGCAGAAGCCUUUUUGGUCAACAUGGAGGAAAAAAGACGGCGAGCCCGAGUUCAGGGAGCCUGGGCUGCCCCUGUUAAAAGCCAGGCCAUUGCUCAGCCAGCUACCACUGCUAAGAGCCAUCUCCACCAGAAGCCUGGCCAGACCUGGAAGAACAAAGAGCAUCAUCUCUCUGACAGAGAGUUUGUGUUCAAAGAACCUCAGCAGGUAGUACGUAGAGCUCCUGAGCCACGAGUGAUUGACAGAGAGGGUGUGUAUGAAAUCAGCCUGUCACCCACAGGUGUAUCUAGGGUCUGUUUGUAUCCUGGCUUUGUUGACGUGAAAGAAGCUGACUGGAUAUUGGAACAGCUUUGUCAAGAUGUUCCCUGGAAACAGAGGACCGGCAUCAGAGAGGAUAUAACUUAUCAGCAACCAAGACUUACAGCAUGGUAUGGAGAACUUCCUUACACUUAUUCAAGAAUCACUAUGGAACCAAAUCCUCACUGGCAUCCUGUGCUGCGCACACUAAAGAACCGCAUUGAAGAGAACACUGGCCACACCUUCAACUCCUUACUCUGCAAUCUUUACCGCAAUGAGAAGGACAGCGUAGACUGGCACAGUGAUGAUGAACCCUCACUAGGGAGGUGCCCCAUUAUUGCUUCACUAAGUUUUGGUGCCACACGCACAUUUGAGAUGAGAAAGAAGCCACCACCAGAAGAGAAUGGAGACUACACAUAUGUGGAAAGAGUGAAGAUACCCUUGGAUCAUGGGACCUUGUUAAUCAUGGAAGGAGCGACACAAGCUGACUGGCAGCAUCGAGUGCCCAAAGAAUACCACUCUAGAGAACCGAGAGUGAACCUGACCUUUCGGACAGUCUAUCCAGACCCUCGAGGGGCACCCUGGUGACGUCAGAGCUUUGAGAGAGAAGCUUCACUGAAACGGAGCAAACCUUCCACUGAGAAGCCACUUCAAGAGGCUGGUGCUGCUAGAUCUCAUGAUGUGGCUGUUGGGAAGAUGGUGGGGUUUGUUUGCCAGCUUGGAGUCCUAUUAAAUGAAAGCCAGCAACUCAUGUUGGUAAUAGGUCUACUGUGGGAACAGUUAUCCCUAACCACAGCUCAAAAUCGCUAUCAUCUUUAGGCAAAUUAAAAUCUAUGUGGCAGUGCUCAUGGA